GCAGGUGGAGCCGGGCUGUGGGCGGGCGCGGGGCCAAGUCCCCGGAACGCGUCCCGGGGCUGCGCGAGCGGGGUAGGCAGUAGGGAGGCGGCCCCGGGGACGGGACUGAACCGGGGCGGGGACCGCAGCCGCCUGCGCGGUUCCGGGUGCUCCCGCCGCGCGCAGCCCAGGGCGCACUUGACCGGGUAGGGCUGCGGGGUAGGGCUGCGGGGAAGGGCGGGUCUGGGGAGAACCCCGCAGCGCCGCGGCGCCCUCCAGCCCCUCCUCCUCACUGUGGCUGGAACUGCAGCCCGAGCCCGAGCCGGCGCCAACUCGCUCCCGGGCUCGCGCUCCCCCAGCCAUGGCUUUAGCCAAUUUCCGCCGCAUCCUGCGCCUGUCUACCUUCGAGAAGAGAAAGUCCCGGGAAUAUGAGCACGUUCGCCGGGACCUGGACCCCAACGAGGUGUGGGAGAUCAUGGGCGAGCUGGGUGACGGUGCCUUCGGCAAGGUUUACAAGGCCAAAAACAAGGAGUCAGGUGACUUGGCCGCCGCCAAAGUAAUUGAGACCAAGAGCGAGGAAGAGCUGGAGGACUACAUUGUGGAGAUUGAGAUCCUGGCCACCUGUGACCACCCCUACAUCGUGAAGCUCCUGGGAGCAUAUUACUACGACGGGAAGCUGUGGAUCAUGAUCGAGUUCUGUCCCGGGGGAGCCGUGGAUGCCAUCAUGCUGGAGCUGGACAGAGGCCUCACUGAGCCCCAGAUUCAGGUGGUUUGCCGCCAGAUGCUGGAAGCCCUCAACUUCCUGCACAACAAGAGGAUCAUCCACCGGGAUCUGAAAGCCGGCAAUGUACUGAUGACUCUUGAGGGCGACAUCAGACUGGCUGACUUUGGUGUGUCUGCCAAGAAUCUGAAAACUGUGCAGAAACGAGAUUCCUUCAUAGGAACGCCUUACUGGAUGGCCCCCGAGGUGGUGAUGUGUGAGACCAUGAAAGACACCCCGUAUGACUACAAAGCUGACAUCUGGUCCCUGGGCAUCACUCUGAUUGAGAUGGCCCAGAUUGAGCCACCGCACCACGAGCUCAACCCCAUGCGGGUCCUGCUCAAGAUUGCCAAGUCCGACCCCCCGACGCUGCUCACGCCUUCUAAGUGGUCUGUGGAGUUCCGAGACUUCCUGAAGACAGCCCUAGAUAAGAACCCAGAGACGCGGCCCAGUGCCGCGCAGCUCCUGGAGCAUCCCUUCGUCAGCAGCGUCACCAGUAACAAGGCUUUGCGGGAGCUGGUGGCUGAGGCCAAGGCUGAAGUGAUGGAGGAGAUCGAGGAUGGCCGGGAGGAGGGCGAGGAGGAGGACUCCGUGGACGCUGCCUCUCCUCUGGGGAACCAUACUCAAGAUUCUUCUGAUGUGAGCCUCAAUGCUGACAAGCUUCUCAAAGAAUCAUCUUUCACCCCUCUGCCACCAAGCCAGCCUGAGGAAAGUGUGAAUGGGCCCAGCCAGCCCUCUGGGGACAGAUCCCUCCAAGUCAUCAGCCCCCCAGAAGCAGUCCCUGGAAAAGAGAAUGGCCUAGCAGUGCCAGUAGCUCUCCGGAAGUCCCGGCCAGUGUCAAUGGAUGCCAGAAUUCAGGUAUCUGAAGAGAUGCAAGUCACUAACCAGGGUGAGGACCUCAGUCCAGCAGCCAACCAGUCUCAAAAAGCAAGCCAGAGCCGACCCAACAGCAGUGCCCUGGAGACCUUGGGUGGUGAGAAGCUGGCCAAUGGCAGCCUCGAACUCCGCACCCAAGCAGCUCCAGGCCCUUCCAGGAGGGACUCGGACUGUGGCAGCCUGUCUACCUCUGAGAGCAUGGACUACAGCACCUCCCUCUCAGCUGACCUGUCCUUGAACAGGGAGUCAGGCUCUCUGUCCAUCAAGGACUCAAGGCUGCACAAUAAAACCCUCAAGAGGACACGCAAGUUUGUGGUGGAUGGCGUCGAGGUGAGCAUCACAACCUCCAAGAUCAUCAGUGAAGAUGAGAAGAAGGAUGAGGAGAUGCGAUUUCUCAGGCGCCAGGAACUCCGAGAGCUUCGGCUGCUCCAGAAAGAAGAGCAUCGGAACCAGACCCAGCUGAGCAGCAAGCAUGAGCUGCAGCUGGAGCAGAUGCAUAAACGUUUUGAACAAGAAAUCAAUGCCAAGAAGAAGUUCUUUGAUACGGAGCUGGAGAACCUGGAGCGUCAGCAGAAGCAGCAAGUGGAGAAGAUGGAGCAAGACCAUGCAGUGCGCCGCCGGGAGGAGGCCAGGCGGAUCCGUCUGGAGCAGGAUCGGGACUACACCAGGUUCCAGGAGCAGCUCAAACUGAUGAAGAAGGAGGUGAAGAAUGAGGUCGAGAAGCUCCCCAGGCAGCAGCGGAAGGAGAGCAUGAAGCAGAAGAUGGAGGAGCAUGCACAGAAAAAGCAGCUUCUCGACCGGGACUUCUUGGCGAAGCAGAAGGAGGACCUUGAGCUGGCGAUGAAGAGGAUCACUGCUGACAACCGGCGGGAGAUCUGUGACAAGGAACGCGAGUGCCUCACGAGGAAGCAGGAGCUCCUUCGAGACCGGGAGGCAGCCCUGUGGGAGAUGGAGGAGCAUCACCUGCAGGAGAGGCACCAGCUGGUGAAGCAGCAGCUCAAGGACCAGUACUUCCUCCAGCGGCACGAGCUAGUGCGCAAGCAUGAGAAGGAGCGGGAGCAGAUGCAGCGCUACAACCAGCGCAUGACCGAGCAGCUCAAGGUGCGGCAGCAGCAGGAAAAAGCACGGCUACCCAAGAUCCAGAGGAGUGAGGGCAAGACUCGCAUGGCCAUGUACAAGAAGAGCCUGCACAUCAACGGCGCGGGCAGCGCCUCUGAGCAGCGUGAGAAGAUCAAGCAGUUCUCCCAGCAGGAGGAGAAGAGGCAGAAGUCGGAGAGGCUACAGCAGCAGCAGAAACACGAGAACCAGAUGCGGGACAUGGUAGCACAGUGUGAGAGCAACAUGAGUGAGCUGCAGCAGUUGCAGAAUGAAAAGUGUCACCUCCUGGUAGAGCAUGAAACCCAGAAGCUGAAGGCCCUGGAUGAGGGCCAUAAUCAGAACCUGAAGGAAUGGCGGGAUAAGCUUCGGCCACGCAAAAAGGCUCUGGAAGAAGAUCUGAACCAGAAGAAGCGGGAGCAGGAAAUGUUCUUCAAACUGAAUGAGGAGACAGAAGGCCCGAACCCCACCACCCCAAACAAGGCCACCAAGUUCUUCCCUUACAGUUCUGCGGAUGCUUCUUAACAAUCACCUGGGGCCGGGGCUGGCAGGUUGGUGGGCCUCCAGGGCUCCCCCACAUUCUCUGUGAACAAGUAACUCAGGACCCUCUUUCCUCUUGCUUCCAUGCCAGCUUGGACAACCCCCCUUGGAUAACAGCCCCUUCCUUGUGCCACUCCAGCUGUGCCUGACAGACCCACCCCAGUGUUUCUGACUUAUCACUCAGUCAGUGGAGGGUGAGGUUUUAUUAUGUGUCCUCUGAUCAUAAUGAAUGUUCUCUCUGAGCUGCAGAACCUCCUGGCUGUUGGUGGGCUCAGGGUCCAAGAAGAAUGGGUGUGCUGUGGCCUCAAGGCCCCUCCUGUUUGCUAAAACAUCAGUUUUGCUAUUUGUGGGCACAAAGUGGUCUUGCUGAAGUUAGUCAGGUCAUGAGCUUGUUCAUGUUGUAAUUUUUGGUGGCUUUUCAGUCAUUUCUUGCAGUGUCAGACAAGAAUCUUGGUUCCUAAUAGCCAUUUCAGUUCUCAGUGGAGCCUGGCCUGCAGCUAGUUGCUCAGGGGGUGCCCUCCUUCCACCAGUUAGUUUUCUUCUGAGUCAAGUCUGGGUUUACAAUCGUGAAAUGUGGAAAAACCUGAACUGUUCAUUCUGCUGGUCCUGGGUGUUUGUGCCAUCUUGGUCCUGUCCCCUCUUCCUGCACCCACACAGGGCUUGGCCCCCUGGCACUACCCAGGCUUGCCUCUGCUCUGGGUCUCUUGUGCCAGAACAUGUUCACUGUCUGAGCCUGAGCCACUGAGCAUGUUAGGUGAAGCCGUUGGUAUGGAGGAUGUUGGGCAUUGGCACAGGAUGGCACACGUUGGACUGCUGCUCUGCCUUUUGGUCCCCACAUGGGAUUUCAGGGAUAAAUGCCUCACCACACAAUUCCACAUCCUGUCUGCAGGUGAUCAGGGAAGGCUGUUUUCCUCUGCCCUGUGCUCCUCCUAGUUCAGGAGUCUAGCAUUACACUUUAGACUGAGGCUGAUAGCCACUGGGCAUUCUAUUUAGGAAGAAGUAUCAGGGAGAACAUUACGCUUUCUGCUCCCGAGGACACAGCUUAAGCAAAGCUUCUGUAUCUCAGAUGGAAUCCUAGGCCUUCAGGUUACUCAAAGAGGGCCUCUCACAGAUUCUGAUCUCCACAGGUUGCACAGUAUAGAUUACAAAGAAACUUUUUUCCCCACCUUGAUUUCUUAUUUGAAACAAAUAUAAAUGAAUUGCUUCUUCAGGAAGACAUCUGCAUUAAAACAGAAAACUGAAGGUGAUUUUGAGAAAUCAUAUGGACAUACUGAGUCUGGGUACUAUUUUGCUUGUAAUAGAGUGGUUAGCACAUCCCAGGAGGACUUUCUCCAUCUUCACUCCUAAAGGUUAAGGUUCCUAAAGCAACUCUGUGGAAGUUUUCUUGGCACUGGUUAUAACCAAAUCUUGGGAAGAGAGGGUAUCUAGUCAACAGGAGAAGAGACUUAGGGUUCCCAAGACUUACAUGUGCUGUAAAGAUGCUCGGGGGGCUGUGGGAAAGCAGUGGCCCUCUCAAGUUAAUGAGCAAUCAGCUUGCCUGCUUCAGUAUUUGACUGAGAUGGGACAGUUUUCAAGUCUCACACUGAUGAGAAAAUGAAACUAUUGUCCCCUUUUACUCUUUUUGGUGCACAGGUGCUGGGAAAACAUGAACUAACAGCAGCAUAAAUACACAACAUAGACCCAGUUCUACCAGGUGAGGCCAGCACUUGCAAAUGGCCAGGCUGGACUGACUUGGGCUUUGUCCAUAGUAUUGCCUUUGCAGCCUGGGGUAUGAGAAGGAGUAUUAGGUGAAAUGCUGCUGUAUUAGGUGUAUUAGGUGAAAGUCACUGAUCAUUUCCUUGUUUGGUUUGUCAUUCACACUGAAAUCUUGUUCAAGUAGUUGCUGCUUUCCUGCUCAGUGUUGCCCAAGCUCAAACUCCCCUGCCCUUUCUGGAUGGGGACUGAUUGGGGUCUCUCAGCCUCAUGAUUGAGCCAAUGUGCAAUGCCUCACUGAGAAGGCCCAUGCAGUAUUCUUCAUGCCCUGUGCUAAUGUUUCCUUUGUAUGGAAAAAUGGAACUAUUUCCCAUUUUCUGUCAAAUUUUGGCAGAGUAAAUAUAACUAACUUAUAUUUUCCCUUUGUGAAAGACAGAAGUUAUUUUUAUGUAGUUUCCAAACUUUAUACAAAACUUUUGUAAAAUGUUCUCUGCAAAGUUAACUGCAAAAAUGUAAAUAUGCUUCUAAUAAAAUAACAAGGUGGGAAACUA